AUGAAAGUGUUUAAAAAUUAUUUUACUUUAGUGAGCCAGCUACUUGCGUUCAACAAACAAUACAGAGUAAAGAUGGCGCCAAUGCGCGGCGAGCGAGGUGGUUCACCAGCGCGAGGCGCGCGUGCUUCUCUUCCACUACCACGACGGUUAAUCCGUCAGAUUGCCCGGCACGUCGCCUCCAGCGGACGUUCUCUACGCCGGCUAGAAGUCUCUGGAAGGGUCAUUGACAACUUCGAUGAUAUUGAAGACGCAUCUGAUGAAUCAGACAUGGAACUAGCGCAGCCAGCGGUGGCUUGCGGUGGCAACGCCGGCAACCUACCCCCAGCAGACCACGACGAUGACCUCACAAGUCUCAGCUGGCUUCAAGACAAGAAUUUACUUAGAGGUAUUAAUCUAACAAAAAGCGACAUGGAAGAUACCAAAAUGGCAGACAAUCAAAUUGUCGUGAAGAGAGAUACAAAAACUCCACCUCCAAUCGCCCGAGUACCUUCCCCACCCCGAACUCCGUGCAAGGCUCCACCCUCUCCUCCAGCCAAUACCCACACUAAACCUCCUUACUCGUUUUCGUGUCUCAUCUUCAUGGCGAUCGAAGCGGCCCCAGCUAGAGCAUUACCCGUGAAGGAAAUCUAUGCAUGGAUCGUACGACAUUUUCCCUACUUCAGACAUGCUCCUCAGGGUUGGAAGAAUUCAGUUAGACAUAAUCUGUCUUUGAACAAGUGCUUCCAUAAGGUGGCGGCUGCGCCAGGUCUUGGGAAGGGUUCUCUGUGGACGGUCGACCCCCAGCAUCGUGCUUCAUUACUGCAGGCGUUCGGUCGGCAGCCCAUCCCGGUGGCGGGCGAGGUGGGCGAGGUGGGCGAGGCGGGGGAGGCGGGCGAGGGUGAGGCGGCGGAGCGCGGCGCGUCGCCGGCGCGCGUGUCGCUGCUGGCGCGCCGCCUCGCCGACCCCGAGCCGGGCGCCGACGAGUACCUCGCCGCCGCCACCGUGCUCGCCAUGAAGUACGGGCCCGCCGUGCUCGACCAGCUGCCGCCGGCGGCGCACCUGGUGAUCUCGCGGUGCGCGCGCGACGAGCACUCGUACAGCGGCGGCGAGGAGCGGCGCACGGCCGAGGCGCUGCUCAACCUCGCCGGCGUGCGCUCCGAGCCCGCGCCCAGCUAG